CAACACAACGCCGCAAGCCAGUUGCCGUCAUCCAACCCCAGAUUUCGGAGCCCAUUGAUGCACUGAAGCCAGCACGCUGCGCCUGUGCACCUUUCAGGACGCAGCACGACCAGCAUGUGUCAAAAUGCUGGAGGUGUUGAUGCGACCUGCGGCCCAUGUUGCCACGAGAGAAUCAUGGCAAGCCAGCCGGGUUUAGGGGACUCCCCAGGCCGGGUUUCCACUGGAAGACACGACACCCGUCACAACAUGGCGCUUGUCAGCGCUGACGUGCGACGCGCUACAGAGACGUACGGUGUGCAGGAAUGCCCCUGGACACCCCGUUUCAAUUCAACCCUGGCACGGGCCCGCCACCCUGUCGUGUUAUCCGCUUGCACGACACUGCCCCGACACUGCUGUGUGCUUCUGUGCCGUGUAUCAACAAAGCGCAAGGGAUGGUUGUUCAUAUGCAUCGGCCCAAGCACAAACUCAGCCAGCCCCAGGCUCGCCCACCUAACUCUGCCAACCGUACGUGGCAGCAAGCCACUCGCCCUCGUCGCCCAAACCCUCCCAAACCUACCGUGACACCGUCAGUCAGUCCCCACCGACAUGUAGCUGUACACACCCCUACAAUCACAAGUAAGCCUUCAACCAGGCCAGGGCCUUUAACGGGUAAGCUGUUGCUCCGCAUCGGCAGCACCUGGGGGUCCUGAACUUAGGUCGGCCUGUCCCAGGAGGUUGGUUGUGGGACUAGCCAUCCUUCACCCUCCUUCCGGUCAAGGCCUUCCUGCCUACAAAAUAAUCCUCUGCAUUACAGAUACAUAAUGUCUUCAUCAUCUUCAGUAGCUGCAGCAGCCGAACAGCAGCAGGGAGUCGAGUCCCAGAGCGCCUGCGCUGCCUCGGGAGGUCGCCGGCCCCCACUGCUGACCGCGUUGCCAACUCCGCAGCCCAGGCGGCGCGAUCUCCUACCACUCGUGGCGCUGGCUGUGGUGACGCUGCUGCUGAUCGUGUCCAGCCUACCACUCCUGGUGGUAUCGACGAGGCAUGGCUCGCUGCCCAGACACGGCGCCCAGGGCUACAGAUCUGGCGGCUGCAGCGGCGGCUGGCUGCGGCGGCAGGGGCCGUGCGUGCAGCAAGAGGGCGCACAGACAGCUCUGACGGCCCAAGGCGCAUCAGCGGCUGCAGCAACGGCCACCAAAUCCCCAACAACAGCAGAUGCACCCGCCACAAAGGACAGCGCUGACGCUGAUUCGCUCCAGCAUCGCAGCCUCCUGUCCAACACUGUCACGCCAGCCCCUGAAACUGGCAGCGGGCGUAAUGGCGGCGCCGGGGCUGGCGCGGCGCCGGUGACGCCGCCUCAGCUGACUGUGGUGUUGCCCACCACAUUCAAGGACACGGCCCGGGCGCUAGCGUCCCUCAGCUCGGUGCGACUGCACAUGCACCCGGACCUCCUGGCUGAGGUGAUGCUCGUCACGCCAUGGGAGGAGUUCCUAGCGCUGCGGCACGCACUCGCAUCCACACUGGCAGGGCCCAGCUGCCCCGCCGACUGCUACAGCCCACCUGGCGCCGGUAGCGCUCCAGCCAGCGACGGCAGCCGUGGCAGUAGCAGCGGCAGCAGUGCCAGCGGCAGGCGGGUCAGCCGCGUGCCAGCUGCGUUGCGGGCUGCGGGCCUGUCGCCGCGCCUCAGUGCCGAAGCUGACCUCGAUGAGGGUGCCGGUCAUGGCAGUGCCGGCAGCAGCGGUGUCGUGUGCCCCAGCCAGUGCGGCCCGCCGGUGUGGGUGGUGCCGGAACACGUGGUGCUGCGUGUCAGCCGCCGGGAGCUCCAGUCCUUCCGCCCCAAUGGGUACCGGCUGCAGAUGGUCCUGAAGCUGGCGGUCAGCUGGCUCGUGUCCACUCCGCAUUACCUGGUCCUGGACAGUGAUGUGCUCCAAGUGAGGCACGUGAGCCCCGCCAACGCGCACUGGCUGUUCCCCGCGCCCGGCCGCGCGCUGUACCAGCCCCAGCGCCGCGCCACGCACGCCAAGUGGUGGGCCGCGAGCGAGGCGCUGCUGGGGCUGCGCGGCUGCCUGGACCGACUGGACGUGCGGGGGCAGGGCCUCGACGCACACGUGUUCGGCGUCACGCCAGCAAUCCUGUCGACACGCAUUGCUGCGGAGACGGCGGCGUAUUGGGAGCGCAGCGUGUCGGCUGUGGCAAGGGCGGGCAAUGCCUCGGCUCCAGCGGCGGCUUCGAGGAAGAAGGGCCGGGGGGCGGGAGGCAGCGCCGGCAGCGCUUCGCGUGCACUGCUCGGUGACGCCAGUGGCGGGGACGGGGCCUCACAGCAUCAGCAGCAUCAGGUUCCGCUCCGCACACUGCGUCAAGCCAGCGCCACCUCCACCACCACCACAACCACCGCUUCCACCACCGCCGCAGCCCUCUCCGCCCCCACCACCUCCUCCGCUGUUGGCGGGCGCGCCGCCUGGCAGGCCGCGCUGUCUGUGCUGCUGCCGGCGCGGCGGCCGUUCUUCACCGAGUACACCAGCUAUCACCUUGUGGCAGAGUGCGUCAUGGGCGUUGGAACACUGCUGCAGCACCACGUCAGCCCCUGGGCCCCGCGGGACCCCGCCACGCCGGCGCCUGCUGCUGCCGCUGUGGAUGCGGCCGCAACUGGUGGCACGAAAAGUAGCAACAGCAGUAGCAGUGCCACGGGGAAUAAGCCGGAGCAGGCGCCGCGGCUGUACCGCGGUUUGUGGCGGCGCGGCGGCGGCGGCGCAAGGGGUAACAAUGCCAGCGGCGGCAUGGCUUUCGACUGGAGUGACCCGCACGCGCGUGUCACGCCCUGCGCCGACUGCGUGUUCAUGGUGGUGCAGAGCAACAUGGGUGCGCCCGAGCGCCGCGUGGUUGGGGACCUGCAGCAGCAGCUGCUGCUGCGGCAGGAGCUGGAGGGGGAGGCGGCGGCGGCAUGAAUGCGACAUGAUAAGAAGGGACAGUCCGACUGAUGAAGGUGCACCGCACCCAUGGCCGCAUGGUUAUUGGGGGCUUGGGGAUCAACCCACGGGAUCAACCGUACUAGGGCACAGACCUGUGCACAAGUGCAGGGGGGGGCGGCGGGUGGUGCAGAGGCUGGCCGGGUUGGCACGAGUGCCAGCGCCCGCUCGUGCACGCUGCUGUCUGCUUCCAUCUCCACUCUCCUGCACCAGAGCUUUGACCCGUAUUGUAAUGCUCAGGCCAG